UAACCAAACUUUUGGCACUGGCAGUGGAGUCGUCAGUCAGAGUCAGUGAAAAGUUAAUCCAUUUGUUUGAUUUGCACUUAGAGAACCUGUAUUUAGUGUAAAUUUAGGUAAAAUUAUGAGUGAAAUCCACAGAAGGACACUUUUUCUCCUCCAAAGCGUGUUGGUGCUGUGGCUCAAUGUGCAGCCAGCUGAGAGUGGAGCUGUCCAGCUCAAGAGUGAUAAUCUCGAUAUGACCCUAGCGUCAAAUGAAUUAGUUUUUAUCAACUUCUACGCUGAAUGGUGUCGAUUUAGUAACAUUCUGCAGCCCAUCUUUGAUGAGGCUGCAGAUGAGGUGCACAAGCAAUUCCCGGACGCCGGGAAGGUUGUGAUGGGGAAGGUGGACUGUGAUAAGGAAAAUAGCGUGGCGACACGCUUCCACAUCACCAAGUACCCCACGCUCAAGGUCAUCCGGAAUGGGCAACCGAUGAAGCGUGAGUAUCGUGGACAGCGUUCCGUCGAAGCUUUCACCGAAUUCAUCCGGAAGCAGAUGGAGGAUCCCAUCAAAGAGUUUAAGACACUCAAAGAUCUUGAGCAUCUGGACUCGAAGAAGCGCAUUAUCAUUGGUUACUUCGACCGGAGGGACAUGCCUGAGUACAAUAUCUUCCGGCGCGUAGCCACAAACAUGAAGGAAGAUUGUCAGUUCCACGUGGGCUUUGGUGAUUCCGUGGCUCAGAUGCAUCCCCCCGGGAACCCAAUUGUGGUCUUCCGACCCGAUGUGGCAGUUUCUAAUGAGAACGACGAGACAUACACCGGAAAGAUGAACAGCUUCGACGAGAUGAACAUUUGGGUCCAGGAGAAAUGCGUUCCCCUCGUCCGGGAGAUCACAUUUGAGAAUGCCGAGGAAUUGACUGAGGAAGGUCUGCCCUUCCUCAUUCUCUUCCACGCCACCGAUGACACCGACAUCAUCAAAGACUUCAAGACGAUCGUGGAGACGCAACUGAUCUCAGAGAAACAAAAUGUCAACUUCUUGGUGGCCGAUGGAAAACGCUUUGCCCAUCCUCUGCAUCACCUGGGAAAGUCCCAAUCUGAUCUCCCGUUGAUUGCCAUCGAUUCAUUCCGGCACAUGUAUCUCUUUGACAAUGUGAAGGACAUGUACAUUCCGGGGAAACUGAAGGAAUUCCUCAAUGAUCUCUACAGCGGAAAGCUCCACCGAGAGUUCCACUAUGGCCCGGAGAAGGAUACCACGCCGGAAAUUACGUCAAAUGACAUCAACAAGAAGUCCACGCAGCCUCCGGAGUCGACAUUCAAGAAACUGGCACCGUCUAAGAACCGAUACACACUCCUCCGAGAUGAGCUGUAAAUCCCUCCGGAUAGCCCCCAAUCCCUCCCUUCAAGCCCCUUUGAGUUUUUCCUUAGCUUCCUCCCUCGGGAAGCGCCCCCAAAAUCCGUGAAUUUGAGACAGUAUGAGUGCGUGGAAGAAAAUGGGUAAUUUGUAAUUGAAUAAAGAGAGAGAGAGAAGAGGUUAAUUUAAAUCGAAA